UUUUGUAAUUUAAAACAUGUUUAACGCUACGCAAGCUGACAACUAUGAUUACCUUUACAAAGUGGUGGUAGUUGGAGAUACAGAGACGGGAAAGAGUAAUAUCCUUUCAAGAUUUACUAAAGAUGAAUUCAAGGAGAAGAUUUGUGCGACAAUCGGAGUUGAAUUUGGGACAAGAACUGUACAAGUGAAUGGGAAAAACGUGAAAGCUCAAGUUUGGGAUACAGCCGGACAGGAACGCUACAUGGCAAUCACUAGUGCAUAUUACAGAGGCGCCGUGGGAGCGAUGAUUAUCUAUGACGUCACAAAACGCUCAAGUUUUACAAAUGUCGUAAAAUGGGUGAAUGAAAUAAAGGAAAAUGGCAUAGAAAAUAUUCCGAUAGUACUGGUAGGGAAUAAGAUGGAUCUCAAAAGUAAAAGAGAGGUGCCUACAAAUGAAGCUAAAGAAUUUGCUGAAAGGAAUAAUUUGGAAUUUAUUGAAAUGUCAGCUAAAACGAACACAAAUGUGGACAAAGCAUUUGAAGAUUUAUUGACAGGUAUAAUGAGGAAAGUAGGCAAGGAUCUUGAUGUAGGCAACUCUCUAUCACCAAAUGAAAUUAAAGCUACACCUACAGGUGUUGCUGAACCAAGUAAGCAUGAAGAAGAAGAAAAGGGCGCUGAACUAGAAGAAGAAGAUAUCCCUGCAUGGGCUGGUGAACUAUUCAGAGAGAUAAGCGAAAUAAAAGAACAACUGAAAGUUGUUGACAAACUAGAAAAUGUGGUAGAAACUAUGAGUAAUAGAAUGGAUGACAUUGAGAAAAGAGUGACUAGACUUGAGACACGGAAAGUGGAUUUUAAGACAGCUCAUUCCAAAAGUGUUAAAAGUGAUAAAUAAAACUGCAAUUGAAAACUGACUGUGUUCUAAUAUACGCAAUAUCAAUAUUAUGUAAAUGUGAUAAAAUACAGCAUAUUAUUGUUUGUUUAGCAAAACAAGAGCAUCCAGUUAAUUUUUAAUUUGUUUUAACUUAGUGUUGUUUUUACUGUUAUGGUUAAUAUUUGAAAAUCAUGCACCCAUUAGCAUUAAAAUAUUAUUUGAAUUUACUGUGUAAUAAGCGGGUUCAAAACAUAGUAAUUCGAUAAAUGUAACAUCGAAAAAACAUAUAAAAAUAGAACGUUAUCAAGUAAAGGCUAUUUCGUUGA